UUUAGAACACCCGAACGACUGUGCAAGGGAAACGAAGAACGAAGAACGAAGACACUGUGGAAACAAAUUCUGGCGGACGUAGCUCGGGGGGAUUCGAUGUGGUAGCGUACCUCACCAGCCUCACAGAAAGAUUACAUUCGGCUAAAGUGACCAUGCUCCUCGUUCUAUUGUUUUCCGUCGAGUUCAACAGUCUAAUUGCAACUUAAAAACGGCGUCUUGCUACUCGUUUAUUCAAUAUCAGCAUAUCUAAAUAUGGGACUCGCCCCAAUCUUCAAGAAGGCUUACUGGCUACUGGCUUUUUCGGGCCUGUUAUAUGUCCUUGGUGUCUUCUCGUUGACAUACCCAUCUGUUCAACGAACGGUACUCUACGCGAACAAGCUCAAUCCUACGUACUUCCAGGAUGUCAAUGAUGUCGAGUAUUUUGGGUUCCUAAAAUCCCAAGUCCAGCCAUUCAAUAUUCGAACGCCAGAUAAUGAGACCCUCUAUGCAUGGCACAUCAUCCCGCCCCAGUUAUUCAAGGAAAGCGAAGCAGCUUUUCUUGCCAACCCCUCAUCAGGACCUGCUGAAGACAUCACCAAAACCACUGCUUUCAAGCUUCUCGCGCAAGACCCAAAUGCGAGAGUCGUUGUAAACCUUCACGGAAAUGCCGCUCAUCUCGGGUCCGGAUAUCGCCCCCAAAUAUACCGCAGUUUCCUAGCAGCAUCCACUUCAAAACACCCUGUGCACGUCAUUGCGUUCGACUAUCGCGGCUUCGGGAAUUCCACCGGAUCGCCAACUGAGGAAGGGUUAAUUACCGACGCGCUCUCGGUGCUCAACUAUCUCACCUCUCCCCCGCUUUCCAUCCACCCAUCCCGUAUCGUCGUUGCAGGCCAAAGCCUGGGGACUGCAGUCGCAGCUGGUGUUGCGGAACGAUACACUUUCGGUGACCCCUCGUCUGUCCCGGAACCGCUGGCAGGGGUUAUUGUGUUUGCCCCUUUCUCGAACGUCCGCACUGUGGUAGGCUCGUAUAGUGCCGGCGGAAUCUUCCCCCCGCUGCUCUCAGCGUUGUUACCCUAUCCUAAGUUUCAGAACUAUAUCCUUGAUCAUAUUGUGGAUACAUGGGAGUCUGCCACCCGUUUCGCACGGAUCACUGGCAUCAACCCUCAACCUGGUGAUAUGGAUUCUGCACAUGGAAGUCAAGGAUUCGACCUCACCGUGGUACAUGCUGUUAAUGACUUCGAAAUCCCGUGGCGAAAUGGACAGGCACUCUAUGAUACUAUUAUAGGAGGAUCCAAUGCUCAUACUUUAGGCAAGUAUGUGCAUGAAUAUACGUCCGACGACGAAGUUGUACAGAUGAAAGUGUGGGAAAAAGAAUUUAUCACACAGCAUGGUGAGAAGAGAGUGAAAAGAGUUCGGUGGGAGAGGGUCCGAUAUGGAGGACAUAAUGAGGUUGCAGCUACGGGUUCAGCUACUCUUUCAAUCAUGCGGAUUUUUGAGAAAUAGACGGGCUCAGAAGAAACCUCAAGGUCAAACACCAGAUAUGCCAUACCGCGCCUGCACCAAUCGCCUUCAAGUCAAUCAGAUGAUUUGACGGGUGUGGUUUGCCUAUUCAGUACAACGUGAAAUCUAUCUGAGCUACGACUCUUUAGAUGACCAUAGAUGAUGCUAGACAUGUGGUUGUGAUAUUUGUUGCCCGUGUACAGAGUACAUAGCUUUAGUUUCCGUACAUAGACCUUCCAUUUCAAGUCGUUCAUUCUAUGCCUAAUGUAACUUUUACUCUCGAUACAUAGUUGUAUAAUUCCUCUCCCAAGCAAAGGAAGGCAUAAAAUAGUAAAAGCCGAGAACGAAAGCCAAAUCUAUACUCCCCGUUCACAAAAGCUACCAACAAUAAUAAAACAAAACUGAUUGUCAUGAAGUCAACCUAAA